AUGGAAAAACAUAAUAAUCCUGGAAGUUUUACAAUUAACAAUAAUAUUCAUGAUGCUUUAAAUAGUAUUGAUACCAUUGUUAAAAAUAAUAAUAAUAAUAAUAAUAAUAAUAAUAAUAAUAAUAAUAAUAAUAAUAAUAAUAAUAAUAAAUUUUUUAUUUGUGGAUGCAAAAACCAAAAAUAA